CAGUCACCGACGCCGCCCGCCGUCGUUGGGGGCUACUAAUGACAGCAGGAGGGGUGAAGCCAAGUCCAGCGCAGAGCUAUGAACGUGCGACCCGAGGAACGAGCGGCCUUCCUCACACAGACUGAGCCGUGUCUCGUACCCGGGUACACCGGCCACUGUCCUAGUCUGCGUUUUCGAGUUGGCAAGCGCUACGGUGCUUCCACGAAGGACAUUAUUCAGGAGCUGAAAACCAAAGGAGUUUCCUUACGUUUGCAGCCAUACCGUCAAGAUGACCCCAUCUCAAAGGAAAUUCUGAAACCUAUCCAACGGGAGAAGGGCCAAAUGCAAGAUUUUGCUUUGGAUCUAAAAAACCGAUUCCGGUACGGCGCGUCGUUCGCGCGCGCGGCCGACGCCAGCGCCGCCGACUUCAACGUGCAGCAGCAGCGGCUGCGCCUGGACGCCGAGUCGCGCCACCGCGACCUGCAGAUGGCGCUGCUGGCGCCCGAGCGCAAGCCCUUCCACGCGCCCUCCGAGGUGCGCCGCGCCAUGGACCGCUUCUACGACUCCUACGUCAAGUACCCAGACCAUGCACCUAAGUCCAACUACCAUCCUAAACCAUGA